AUGGAAUCUCAGACACCCUCAGCACAGGAUAGAGGACAUAGACCCAAGAGGGCCACAUCGUUGAAUGUGAACUACGAUUUGAAGAAGAGGAAGAUCAUCCAGGCAUUUGUGGAAGACAAACAUGAUAGAAAGACUGGAGCAAAUCAUGAGCAAGAACUGCAUUCUGAGAGUAUACAGCCGUUGCUACCGUUAUAUGUAUAUGAUAAGAAAGGGAACGUGAUCGGGAUGAAUGAUAUGUCUAACGGAAACCAGCAAUCGAACGAAAAUAAUGUUCUUAAUAAUAAUGAUAAUGAUAAUAAUACAAUGCAUGGUUCGUCCCAUAAAUCGAAUACUCUUCCAAAUGAUGUUUUGAAUAAAGCUACAGGUUUACCUUUAAGUCAGGGUCCUACACCAAAGAUUAAGAAAGACAGUUUAUGGAAUUAUAAGAAAUCCGCAACUGUUUCGAACAGUAGUAAUAAUAAUAGUAGUAGUAAUAACAGUAAUAAUAAUUUGGAAGGACUUUUGGUGGCAUCAAAUAAGCAAGAUAAUGAUACAGUUAGUAAUUGGGAAACGUUAAACGCUUAUAAUAAAGCAUUGCGUACUAAUGUAUCAGAUAACAUUACAAAACCUAGUACUAUAAGGUUUUCCAUUUCCAAUAAAAAGCAACUAAAUAACCUUAGUGAAAGUGGUGACGGGAUCAUCACAUCACCUUCUUCCCCAGUGAAAGGAGAAGUUCAAGCCGAUGUCAUGUUACCAAAACCACAUGUAAAGAUUAAGAGUGCUGAGAUUAAGAAUAGCCAGUUGUUUAAUCAAAAUAUCUUAAACAAGAGCAACUCGAAACCAAGACCUAAUGGAAGCAAUAAUAACGCUAGUGGUAGUAGUAGUACGGAAUCCUCACAAGAACCAAACAAUUUAAGACAUCAAAAGAGGAUAAAUUACCACGAAUCACCUAAUAUUGAAGAGGAAAACACUGUGGAUAACUUAAUAGAAAAUGAUGAUUUUUGUUCUUCGUGUUUACAGACAGGUUCAUUCCUAUGUUGUGAUACAUGCCCAAAAUCAUUUCAUUUCUUAUGUCUCGAUCCACCUGUAGAUCCUGAUAACCUACCUGAAGGUGAUUGGUCAUGUUCAAAUUGUAGAUUUAAAAAAUUAUAUCCAAACUCAACUCAGACGAUGAAAGGAGAAAGAGAAUUUACAAAGGCCUCAGUCGCAAAUGGUGGCUCAAAAUUAUUUUCAAAAUUAAUGUUUCAAAGUCAGAGUUAUAAUCCAAGACAAUUCAUGUUACCUAAACAUAUCAAGGAUACUUUUAGUUACGUAAGGACUGGUGAUAGGGGGCAAUAUUCAAACUCAACGGAAAAACCUGAACUCCCUUAUAAAAUUUUGUUCAAUGCUCCAUAUGGUCAAAGUGUAUCAAAACUGGACGCUUAUAACCCAGAAAAUCACUAUGAAAAUGAUACUGUAAAUACCCUUGGUGAAGAUGAAACGUUUCUAUUGUGUUAUAGAUGUGGUACCACACGUUUUGGUUCAUGGGAAUGCCCAGAGGACUCCAGACUAUUAAUUAAAUGUGACUAUUGCAAUACACCAUGGCAUUUAGAUUGUGUACCAGAUAUUCCAAGAGCCUCUUUAAAGAAUCUUGGUGCAAAAUGGAAAUGUCCUUUGCAUGCUAAUACUGAAAUAAAUAGAAGACUAAAGAAAAGAAAUCAGAAAUUAUUCAAACCAGAUUUACUCUAUGAUUUCCAUAAUAAUGGGGAUAUCGAAAUUGAAUUGGAUGAAAUACGAUCUGAUAGUACAAAAGAGAUGACUGAAACAUUUAAAAAAAUUGCAACGGGUGAUGAUAAUAACUCAAUUCCAUUAAUUCAAGAAAAAUCAAUUCAAUUGGAUUUUUUCAGUAAAAUUUAUAAUUUCAAACAAGCUGAAAGACUUAGAAAUUUUAAAAUGGAGGAACACUUGAUUGAUAAAUUAUUGGCUUCUAAAAAUUGUCACGGAACCUCCGAUGUCAUUCCGUUGCUUUACUUUAAUGUUAGUAGUCAUAACACCAAUAACACAUUAAAGAGGAUGUGGGAUUUCAAAGAUCUUUGUGACGUUGCGACUAAACAAUUGAAUAAUCAUAAAGAAAAUUAUUCAGAUUCCAUAAAUAACCCAAGUACACUUUCUACUACUGAGAGUGCACAAUUGCAUAUUCUAAAAAAAUUGAUGGAAUCCAAACCAAAGGAUGAAGUUAUGAAAUUCUUCGGAUUCGAGAAAUAA